AUGAAACAAAAAGAUAAAUUUUUCUCAUCAUUAUACAUUAAAUCUGAAUAUGAAAAGUAUGAAAAUCUUCGUGGAGUUUUUGAUUCUACGUUUAUUGGUAUGAUGAUAAAAACAGGAUUAAUCGUAUCAUCGGAACAAUGGUCAUCAUUAUUAUAUGGUGAUGCAAAAUAUGAAGUAGCAAUGGAAAUUAUAAUUAACAAAUUUUCAACAUCUGAUAUAUAUACCAAAUCCAUUGAAAAACUUGUACAAAUUUUAUACCAAGUUGGUGUUGAACAAGAAAAUUUAUUAAAGUUUCAAACACAUUUAAAAUUUUUACCAACAAUUCAUUUAAAUAUAAAUAAUGAUAAUGAAGAUAAUCGUCCAUUAUGA